AUGGCAGAACCAGCCGGCCCGGAAGCAGGGGCAACUGCAGAUGGCAGUUUCAGGGGGUUCGAAAGAUCUCUGCCGGAGAACUGCGUCGAGUACAUGCUGUUCGUCAUCGACACCAAGCUUGAGCAGCAGCGCCAGCAGCACGUCUUCUCCCGCCUCGACGCCGUGAGGAAGGCCGCUGUCCAGCUUUCCAGUCGCCUCACCAGUGAAUACGUUUGGCAGCGGGGUGCCUUCAAUGUCGAGGUAAAAUCCGACAAAGGUCUCGUCUAUCUCCACGGCGUCACCGACUAUGGAGAUUCGGUAGAGGAUGAAUGGCUCAUCGUCUACCUCCUCCGUGAGCUCACCAAGCAGUUCCCUGACCUGUGGGUGCGCAUCUCGGACAGCGACGGCGAAUUCCUGCUUGUCGAGGCUGCCAACGUCUUGCCCCGGUGGUUGAGCCCCGAGAACGAUGCCAACAGGGCCUGGGUUCAUGCCGGGCAACUGCGCAUCAUACCUCUUGCUCCUGAUGGCAGCCCCCAGCCUCAGACCAUCACACUCCCCCAGGCUGUCAGCACACUCCAAUCCGCCUCCCAAACCCUCGUUCACUCGCCAUUCGUCGAGGCCGAGGCAUUCUAUCGCCUAGAGAAAUAUCCUGCUCAGAUCCAGGACUCCAUCCAUUAUGCCAUGGUCUCGAUACCAAGGCGGCUUGCCUAUCUUAUUCACCAGGCCCCCAGGUCUAUUGCACCGGCUGUAGAGGCCUUCUACCUCAGAGAUCCCAUCGCCAUGAAGCCCUUGAUGUCAUCUCCGGGCGCGUCCCUUGUCUUUUCACCACGAGACUUUGUUGAUGUGAGCGUCAAGUUCACAAAGGUCCUCUAUGCACAGCUCAAGUCCCAGGUCUUUUCAGCUCCCCCGGCCUGGAACCACGUCUUCUCGUCUUCGGAAAAACAGGCUGCCGGUUCCGGCGGCGGAGAGGUCGCCCAGAACAAGCACGCCAUGCUUGAGCUGGGAAUGAAGGUUACCUGUGGCUAUGAGAUGUUGGCAUCAACCGCAGCCAAGAGUAGCAACCGCGCGGCUCGGGAAAUCGCACUAUUGCUUCAAGACCUGGCAGAGGAUGGAGACUCGGUGCUUCCCACAGACGCCGAUAUUGCAUCCUGGGAGAACUGCUCCCGGAAUGAUGACGACUCGUGGAUGGACAUCAACUUUGAAGAUUUCGAAAGGGAGCUCGAGGGCAAGGGGCUGGCUCCCAAGACAGGUACAUUUGCCGAUGCCGGCGCCCCUGCUGAUCUUCGCAAGAUUGUAUCCCGCUUCGAGGCUUUUCUCAACGACGACAAGGCCGGCCUUGACGGAGCUGAGCACGAUGAGAUGGACGUGGAUGACGACGAGGACGAGGACGAGGAUGAGGACAGCGACAGCGAGGACCAUGAGAUUAGCUUCGACGAAGAGGAGUUCGCCCGUAUGAUGCGUGAGAUGAUGGGGCUGCCUGCGGACGCUAACAAGUCCACCAACACGAGUGGUGGGAAAUCAUCUGGUGCGGAUCUGCCAAAGAACAACCGUGAGGAUGAGGAAAUCAGACAACUGUCCGAGCAGAUGGAGGCAGAACUGAAGGGGUACGGGGCGCUGAGCUUGAAUACUGAGGCGGAUAAGCCGCGGGCCCUUAAAGGCAAGGGCAAGGAAAAGGAGAAAGAGGUUUCGGAGAAGACUGCCCUUCAAGGGACCGAUGAUGAAGGCGAAGACGAAGAAGUUGACAUCGACUAUAACCUGGCGAAGAACAUACUCGAAAGCUUCAAAGGCCAGGCUGGUAUGGCCGGGCCUGUAGGGACAAUGCUUGCCGGCAUGGGCAUUCAGCUCCCUCGUGACGAAGGUGAGGACGAGAGUGGUCGCACUUGA